AGCCCCCUGGCAUGGUCGUGCCCCGAGCAGGGCUGAGCUCAUGCUCUGUCCCUGGAAGCCCUGUGGUGGUGAUGGGCAGGACGGUGGAUUCCUGACUCUGUGAGCCCGGUGCUGGCCCGGCCGUAGGGCAUGGAGCCGGGAGUCCUGCCGACACCGAGGGGGUCUCCCCAUUCCCUUUUAUCAUGCAGCGGGAUGAACGGGGCAAGGGCACGGCGGGCCGGCAGCGGCACCGAGGGCCCGGGGCGGGCCGGGCAGAGGGGAGCGGGGCCCGGCGGGGGAGGGCCGGGCCGGGGCGGGCGCGGCGCCGCCUCCCACCGGCAGCGGGCGGGCCCGGCGCGGAGCGGCGGGGAGAGCAGCGGAGCGGACGGAGAGGAGGUGGUGGGUCAGGCCAAGCUGGGCCGGAUGGGCGGCGCAGCGGGGCCAGGGCCCGGGGACCCCCAGGGUGGCUGAGCCGGCCCAUGGCGACGGGUGCAGGCACCUUUGCAUGGGCCGCCUUCCCCGCCAUGCCCACGCAGCGUGUGUACUGCAGCGCCACGCACCACGACGGGCAGCUCUUUGUGCUGGGCGGCUGUGGGAGUGGCGGGAGAGCCCUGGGUGCUGCUGAGGUGCUCGACCUCCCGACCCAGCGCUGGACCACUCUCCCACCACUGCCCACACCACGGGCUGGCGCUGCCGCCCUCGCCCUGGGCAAGCAGAUCCUGGUGGUGGGCGGUGUGGACAUGGCGCAGAGUCCCCUUGCCUCUGUGGAGGUCUACCAUGUGGAUGAGGGCAAGUGGGAGAAGAAGGCAGCGCUGGCUCAGCCUUCCAUGGGCAUCUCAGCUGUGCAGAGAGAUGGAGCCGUCUAUGCGCUGGGGGGAAUGGGUGCGGACACCUCUCCCCAGGCACUGGUCCGUGUCUAUGAGCCAGCGAAGGACCACUGGCAGCCCCUGCCCUCCAUGCCCACCCCCUGCUACGGGGCCUCCGCCUUCCUGCAGGGCAACAAGAUUUUCGUCCUGGGAGGCCGGCAGGGCAAGCUGCCCGUCACAGCCUUUGAGGCCUUCGACCUGGAGACGAGGAGCUGGACACGGUACCCCAGUGUGCCCAGCCGCCGCGCCUUUGCUGCCUGCGCCAUGGCCGACGGCAUCAUCUUCAGCCUGGGGGGGCUGCAGCAACCAGGGCCCCACAACUUCUAUUCCCGUCCCCACUUUGUCAACACCGUGGAGAUGUUCGAUCCCGCACAGGGUGUGUGGAGCAAGCCAAGCCGUGCUGUCCGCAUGAGGGAGAAGAGAGCUGACUUUGUGGCUGGCUGCCUGGGAGGAAGAGUGGUGGCCAUGGGUGGCCUUGGGAACCAGUCCUGCCCACUGGACUCAGUGGAAGGGUUCAGCCUCUUGCGGAAGAAGUGGGAGCCGCUGCCCCCCAUGCCCACUGGCCGCUGCUCCUGCUCCAGCUGCCCAGCACCCAGCCUGCUCUUUGUCAUUGGUGGGGUGGCCCAGGGCCCCAGCGGUGCUGUUGAGGCUCUAUGCCUGCGUGAGGUGCCCUGAGCAGGGCCCCAGGGACCAGGCCUGGCCGAGCACCAAGUGCCUGAAGACAGGGACAGGGUGUGUAAGCACCCACAUGUGCGGGUGACCCAUCUCUGGGGAGCUGCCAUCCUGUGACACUGGGCCACCGGAGCAGCCAUGGUUUCUCGCCAUGCUUCAGAAACCUCUCUCUGCUCCUGCACCACUGUGGCAAUUUAGCCCAGGGCAAAAUCCUGCCUGGUGGGAGGGCCAGGGCUGGCAUCGUGGAGGGAGCAGCAGCGGCAGGACUGGCACUGGCACGCUGCCCCAUCUGGCCCCGUCCGUGCCGUGUGUGUAGCAGUGAGUGCUGUGUCGUCGUAGACCCAGUUGAUGUCUCAUGUAGCACAGAGAUGCCCUGUAGCUCAGUGCCUAGGAGGUGAUGUAGCACCUUGAAUAAAUGAAACACGUGGAAUUUUA